AUGAGCAGGACUCUUUGCCCCCCGCACGCCCGAGGAAGGAAUCUCAGCCCGGCUCUGCUCCAGGAGCUGGAGAAGCUAGAGAAGGACGCCGACAGCCGUAAAUCCGCACUCAAGGCACUGAAGUCGUACGUCAAGGAUCUGGACACCAAGGCGAUUCCUCUCUUCCUGGCCCAAGUCUCUGAAACCAAGGAACAGCCGGGGGCAUCCUUCGGCGAGCACACCAUCUCCCUCUACGAGGUCCUCGCCCGCGUCCACGGCCCCAACAUCGUCCCUCAGAUCGAGAGCAUCAUGGCCAGCAUCGUCAAAACCCUCCAUUCCAGCGCUGGUUCCUUCCCUCUGCACCAGGCCUGCUCCAAAGUGGCCCCGGCCAUCGCUCGCUACGCCAUCGACCCUUCUUCGACCGCCGGCGAGGCGAAGGCGAGGAUAAUCCGAUCCCUUUGCAAGCCUCUCUCGGACGUCCUGAUGGGCCCCGCCGAGUGCGUCGCUUCAGGCGCAGCCCUCUGCCUGAAGGUCCUCGUGGAGUCCGACAACUGGCGGUUCGCCUCCGACGAGAUGGUUAACGAGGUGUGCCUCAAGGUUUCCGGGGCUAUGGAGGAGGCUGCGACCCAGACGAAUGCCCACAUGGGUCUGGUGAUGGCUCUGUCGAAGCACAGCAUCUUCGUCCUGGAGGCCUACGCCAGAUCCCUUCUAAGGUCAGGGUUGAGGAUUCUGACCACGGGCACUGCGGAGGUCAACUCCCAGAGGCGAUUCUCGGCCAUUCAGAUGAUCAACUUCUUGAUGAAGUGCGUUGACUCGAGGAGCAUCGCCUCGGAGCUCGACUCCGUGGUGGAGGUCAUGGAGCAGUGCAACAACGACGACCGCCUGCUGUUCAUCAGAGGCGCAGCCUUUGAGGCGUUGCAGACGGCCAAGCUUGUUGCAGCUCAGGAGAGCUCGAGGUACGAGAAGGGCUGGACGCUGCCGCCUGCCAUGGAAGUAUCAGAGACUCCACUCUCCGGCGGGGGCUCUGGAUAUGCUUCGCCUGAGUCGAGGACGAUUGAUUCUUUUCUGGCCAGCGAGGGCUUCCCGUGGUCUCCUCUAUCAUCAGUAGGGCAGUCCAGCUGUGACCUUGGGCACCCUCGGAGGUCCAGUAGGAAGCUUUGGAUUAACAACAAUGGCGGUGUUGAUGUGUCACUGAAGGAUGGGUUAUUCUCUGAAUCUAUGUCUGCAAUCGACAGCCCGAGGCAACGACCCAGAGAAGGCACCGGCGAACAAUCCGUGGGAUUCUGUGGUUUUUCUCAGGCAAAUAACACCAGUGUUGAUGUGAAACGACAGGAUGUGAUGGCUCCCCAGGUGAGUCUGAUUUAGGAAUUAAAAGCUGCCUUGUGUUGCUAGAAUUCCUCUGGCGUCUGACUGGUUUGAUCAUGCGGUCCACUUACCCAUCUGUUCAUCGCAAUCAGACGCCACAAAAAGUUCAUCUCUUUCGCUUGAAUCAUGAUCUGCACUCAAGAAUCUGAAGUCUCCAUCUUUUUCUCUCUUUUAUUUUUUGUCUAGCGACCCAGAUCGCCAAUGUCCAUAAACAGCAUGAAGCUGUAUGCAACCCCGAGGAAGCUCAUCAGAUCGCUCCAGGAUCCUGGUGAGGAAGACCUUGAAUGCCCUCAGAAGCAGCCAGGCAGUGCCCCCAACAGCCUGAGCUCGGAUGAAAUCGAGUGGAACCCCACCGAGGCUCAAGCCGGUGGGGGUGGCCAUUCUAAUGAUACCAAUAGCCCUCAGUCUGGUGAGUAUGACAACGCCGAUGAUGAGGAUAUGCUGGAGCGUUCUGAGUCGGUAUCAUCUUGUGGGGAGACACCCGAGGGCACAACUGCUGGCAAUGCCUCCGAAGAAGCAAUCUGUGAAGAGAAUAAUGGAGUUCAAAGUGUGCGCACAAGAGGGAGAGCAUUCUGCAGGCUUACAGUCACUUUAGUCUUCACUCUCCUCUGGAUCAUGGCCGCAUUGGUCUUGCUGGUCGCCCAGAUUAACCAGGAUGAGGGCCGCCUUGGUGUGGUUCCAACUUGA